AUCUCUAUGUUUAAAUUUUCUUUGUUGUCUCAGCCAAAUGUCUGACAUACUGACAGUAACACCAGCGUACCAGCUUCACUUCAUUAGAUCAUCUAAUGUAUAUUCAAACACAUAGUUAAUGCAGUGUAUAGAUAUUUUAAGGUAUCUAGAUAUUAGCUUAAUAUGGAGAGUGGUAAAGAUGUUCUUGUGUUUGCAGUCAAUGGGAAAAGAUAUGAAGUUUCAUCUGAUUCAUUACAUCCAUCCACUACUUUACUUGACUUCUUGCGUUCUCAUACCCCUUUAAAGAGUGUCAAACUUAGCUGUGGUGAAGGUGGUUGUGGUGCUUGUGUUGUUUUACAAUCUACUUAUGACCCGGUGAACAAACAAGUUGAAAGUUACACGGUUAAUGCAUGCCUCACACUUGUUCAUAGUGUAAAUUAUUGUGCAAUUACGACGACUGAAGGACUUGGAAAUAGCAGGGAUGGUUUUCACCCAAUUCAUGAGAGGUUUGCUGGUUUUCAUGCUUCUCAGUGUGGUUUCUGUACUCCUGGGAUGUGUGUCUCACUCUUUUCGGCACUUGUCAAUGCGGAAGAUAAGAAGGGGCCUGAUCCUCCUACAGGGUUCUCCAAACUCACUGUUGAUGAAGCUGAAAAGUCUAUAGCAGGGCAUUUCUGCCGUUGUACUGGAUAUCGACCCAUUGCAGAUGCUUGUAAAAGUUUUGCUUCUGAUGUUGAUAUGGAGGAUUUGGGAAUUAAUUCAUUCUGGAAAAAAGGAGAGAGUGAUGAGGCUAAAAUCAGUAAAUUGCCUUUUUAUAAUCCAAAAGAUGACAUUUGUGCCUACCCCGAAUUUCUAAAAGUUGAAGUGGAUGCUGCAAUGUGCCUAAAUGUUAACGGAAAAUCUUGGCAUAGUCCUCUCACUCUUAAGGAGCUUGAAAGCUCCAUCGAAAUAGACAUGGCUGCCGAUGGUACACAGACUAGGUUAGUAGUUGGUGAUACAGGUAUGGGCUAUUACAAGGAACUGGACCACUAUGAGAACUACAUUGAUCUGAAGAAAGUUCCUGAGCUCUCAUCUAUUAGAAGGGACCAUACUGGCAUUGUAAUUGGUGCAGCUGUCACAAUUUCUCAUGCUAUUUUAGCUUUGGAUGAAGAAACCAAAGGUGUGCAGUCUUUUGAGGGGAAGCUAAUCUACAAGAAAAUUGCGAGCCAUUUAAAGAAAAUUGCUACAGAGUCUGUCAGAAACUCAGCAAGCAUAGGAGGGAAUUUGGUUAUGGCACAGCGAUUUUCUUUCCCUUCAGAUAUUGUAACUAUACUUCUUUGUGUGGGUUCAAAAGUUAAUUUAAUGACAGAUCUGAGACAUGAAAAUCUUACUUUAGAGGAGUUCUUGUCAAGGCCUUCAUUGGACCAACGAAGCGUGCUUUUGAGUAUCCAGGUACCAUGUUGGGGGUCAUUAACAUAUAAUUUCUCCAGUGAAAAUAAACCUGAAACUAGGUUGUUGUUCAAAACAUAUCGUGCAAGUUCUAGGCCGCUUGGAAAUGCAUUACCUUAUCUUAAUGCUGCUUUUAUCGCUGUUGUGUCUUCAACUGAUGAUGGAGUUGUUAUCAAAGAGAUUCAGAUGGCUUUCGGUGCUUUUGGCACCAAACAUGCAAAAAGGGCAAGCGCGGUGGAGAACUACUUAGCAGGGAAAGUUUUAAGUGUUGGUGUUCUUUAUGAAGCUGUGAAACUAAUUAGAGACGAUGUGGUACCUGAAAAAGGAACUUCAGAUGCUCUAUAUCGUUCAAGCUUGGCAGUGUCGUAUCUUUUUCAGUUUCUGUAUCCCAUGGUUGAAACUGGUACCAUAUUUUCCAACAGCUGGUUGACUGAAAACACUGAAUUAGAUUCCAAAAACAACAAUAAAAAAGUGGACAACAAGUACCCUAGAAUUCAGAAACCAACAAUACUGUCUUCUGGAAAACAGGUGAUACAAUCAAGCAAAGAGUAUUAUCCAGUUGGUGAACCAAUCACAAAGUCUGGUGCUUGUAUUCAAGCUUCUGGUGAAGCUGUCUAUGUCGAUGACAUUCCUGCACCAACAAAUUGCCUUUAUGGUGCAUUUAUUUAUAGCACAAAGCCUUUGGCAAGGGUGAAGAACAUCAGAUUCAGUUCCAAUUUGCUACCAAAUGGAGUAUCUUCUAUUAUAACUUGCAAUGAUAUCCCACGAGGAGGUCAGAACAUAGGGGUAAAGAGCAUGCUUGGUACAGAAACAUUAUUUGCCGAAGAUCUUAUCGAGUCUACUGGUCAGCGGGUUGCAUUAGUGGUUGCAGAUACACAAAAACAUGCAGAUAGGGCCGCGUCCCUGGCUAUUAUUGAUUAUGACACUGAAAAUCUUGAAGCGCCAAUUUUAACUGUUGAAGAGGCUGUUGAAAAAUCAAGCUUCUUUGAAGUCAUUCCCUUCCUACGUCCAACGCAGGUUGGAAAUUUCUCAAAAGGCAUGGCUGAAGCUGAUCACAGUAUUCUCUCCACUGAGAUCAGGCUUCCGUCACAAUAUUACUUUUAUAUGGAAUCGCAAACUGCCCUUGCUAUCCCAGACGAGGACAACUGCUUAGUAGUGCACAGUUCAAGUCAGUGCCCUGAAUUUGCUCACAAAACGAUAGCAGUAUGUCUUGGUAUUCCUGAAAAUAAUGUUCGUGUAAUUACAAGAAGGGUUGGAGGAGGCUUUGGCGGCAAGGCAUUCAAAUCUAUGCCAGUUGCAGCAGCAUGUGCACUUGCAGCCCACAAAUUGUGUCGUCCUGUUAGGAUGUAUCUUAAUCGCAAGGCUGACAUGAUAAUGGCUGGAGGACGGCAUCCGAUGAAGAUAACAUACAGUGUUGGUUUUAAGUCUAAUGGGAAGAUUACAGCUCUGCACCUUGAUAUUUUAAUUAAUGCAGGUUUUUCCCCAGAUGUAAGUGUCAUAAUUCCAGGGAAUCUGAUCGGUGCCCUUAAAAAGUAUGACUGGGGUUCUUUAUCUUUUGACAUAAAGCUAUGCAAGACAAAUCAUUCCAGUAAAUCUGCAAUGCGAGGACCUGGAGAGGUUCAAGGGUCUUAUAUUGCGGAGGCUGUAAUAGAACAUGUGGCAUCCACUCUUUCUAUGGAGGUGGAUUCUGUUAGAUACCGAAAUCUUCACACAUAUGACAGCCUAAAAUUGUUUUACGAGCUAAGUGCAGGAGAACUUGUAGAGUAUACUCUGCCUUCUAUCUGGGAUAGAUUGGCGGUGUCAUCAUGCUUUGAACAAAGGACUGAAAUGAUUAAAUUAUUUAACAAAAAUAAUAUAUGGAGGAAAAGGGGACUAUCUCGUGUUCCUGUUGUGAUGAAAGUAAUGCAAAGACCAUCCCCUGGAAAAGUGAGCAUUCUUUCAGAUGGAUCUGUUGUUGUGGAAGUUGGAGGGAUUGAGCUUGGGCAGGGGCUAUGGACAAAGGUAAAACAAGUGACUGCAUAUGCUCUCAGUUCGAUCCAAUGUGAUGGAACUGCUGACCUCGUGGAAAGGGUACGGGUUGUGCAAUCAGAUACUUUGAGCUUAAUUCAAGGGGGAAUUACUUCUUCGAGCACUACGUCUGAAUCAAGCUGUGAAGUGGUUAGAAUUUGCUGCAACAUCCUGGUCGAACGACUUGUCCCUCUUAAGGAGAGGCUGCAGGUUCAAAGGACUUCUUUAGACUGGGAGUCUUUAAUUCUUCAGGCACAUUCAGGAGGUCUAAGCUUGUCAGCAAGUUCGUAUUUUGUACCUGACUCCAUUUCUAGACAGUACUUGAAUUAUGGGGCAGCAGUAUGUGAGGUGGAAAUAGACAUGUUAACUGGAGAAACCACUAUCCUCCAAGCAGAUAUCAUCUAUGAUUGUGGGCAAAGUAUGAACCCUGCUGUAGAUAUGGGACAGAUUGAAGGAGCUUUUGUUCAAGGAAUUGGAUUCUUCAUGUCUGAAGAGUACCUUACCAAUUCAGAUGGAUUGGUGGUUUCGGAUAGCACAUGGACAUACAAGAUACCAACAAUAGACACCAUCCCCAAACAGUUCAAUGUUGAGGUACUCAACAGCGGACACCAUGAGAAACGUAUUCUCUCAUCUAAGGCUUCGGGUGAGCCACCGUUACUUCUGUCAGCUUCUGUACACUGUGCCACAAGAGCCGCGAUUAAGGAAGCCAGAAAGCAGUAUCAUGCUUGGAGCAGUUUAGUUACGUUUGAUUCAAUGUUUGAUCUGGAUGUUCCUGCUACAAUGCCUGUUGUCAAGCAACUUUGUGGAUUGGAUAGUGUUGAGAUUUACUUGCGAAGGUUGCUCUCAACUUCCGGAAAGAAUUAAUCAGCUUUCAUAAUUUUCACUUAUAAUCAUACUUGGGUUUGUGUCAGAAAAUUCGAAUAAGAUUCGAGAUCGAGUUCAUCUAUGCAAUCACAUCAGGUCACUGCAUAUACAUUAAUUUGACUUCUACAAGACACGACACCCCUUGUGUUUAUUUCAUGGGGAAAUAUUAAUAAAGAUUUUAUUAUGUAAUCCAUAUUCAAUUGUUGAAAUACAUUGUAAAGUCUUUUUGAGCAUAAAUAGAGUGAGUCUUGAUUACGUGUUUAUCA